AUGACGGACGCGGAGGCGCGGUGUGAGAUCGUCGAGCGGUGUCGAAGCAUCGGGGCAUCGCUCACGCUCGACGCGAUUUCACGCGCGCAACACGACGCCGCGCUCGAGUGGACGCGCGAAGAGCUCGAACGAGGCCGUCGAGGGGAGCUUCUUGGACGCACGCACGCACCGGUACCGCCGAAAUGGGCGGCGCGGUCGCAGAGCAGGGAGAUGUUGCAGUACGGGACGUACACGCACUCGAAUAGAGUGGACGCCGACGUCGAAGUGGCGUCGAUGCCGAAGGCGUUAAUCGACGUCGUGGACGCGUUGAUCGCGAGAGGGGUGAUCACGGAGGAUGAGAGGAUGGAUUCAUGCACGAUUAACGUGUACGAGCGAGGAAUGUGGAUACCGCCGCACAUCGAUAAUCCAUUGUUCGCUCGGCCGUUUGUGACGGUUUCGUUAGCGAGCGCGCAGGCGAUGACGCUCGGACGAGGGAUGAUUUGGCCGGAAGGAGGGACGCCGGUGGACGGGGAGGCGCGCGAGGGGGAGGAGAUUCGAGUGGUUCUGCCGGCGCGGUCGGCGAUGCGCAUGGAGGGCGCCGCGGCGGAUGAGUACGAGCACGCCAUUCCGCCGGUGAGCGCAGAUAGAAUUUCUCUAACCUUUCGGCGAAGGAUGGACGCGACGACGGAGCGCGACGCGAUAGAGGCGCAGACGGAGCUGACGGAGCGGUUUAGAGCGAUGUACAGAGAGAGAAGAGGAGAGAGAAGAGAGGUGUUGUCGUCCGAUUCGAAGGGGGAGAAAGCGGUGUCGGAGGAAGAGGUGAGACGUGCACGCAUCGUCGCCGAGCGAGCGGCGAUUAAGAAGGCGAGAGAGGAGAGGAAAAAGGAGAAACAACUUCGAAAGGAGCAGAAGCGGGGAGAUGUAGGAUCGAGCGCGUCGAUGACACCGAGUCACCAACCACGCGCGGUCGAGGAGACAACCGACACCGAGAGGACGAUGGAACUGGUGAAGAAGGCGCCGAAGCGCGCGUGCGGCGUUGUUCCAGAAAAUUUCAUCGACGCCGCAAGCAAGGUGACGGUGAUGCCUCAGGUGGAGCGCGAGCACGUACAAAAGGUGUACGACAUUGUCGCUCAACAGUGGCACGGGACGAGAUACCGCGCGUGGACCGGCGUGGAGGCGUUCAUUCGGAAACAACCGUCCGGGUCAUUCGUCGCAGACAUCGGGUGCGGAAACGGAAAGAACAUUCCUGAGGUGGUCAAGGGCGGGAGCGUCGCGCUCGGGAGCGAUUUUAGUAAAGGUCUCAUCGAUAUCUGUCGAGACAGCGGCUACGAGGUCAUGGUCGCUGACGCAGUUCUUUUGCCGUAUCGAUCGAACACGUUCGAUUACGCGUUGAACAUCGCUGUGUUGCACCACAUCUCUUCUCCCGAGCGCCGAAUCGAGCUCGUAAAGGAGACGAUGCGCGUAGUCAAGGUGGGCGGCGUCGCCCUCUUCUACGCCUGGGCGCUCGAGCAAGAGAAAGGCGGGGUGUCUGGACAUCAAUUUGAGGGUCAAGACGUUCUCGUUCCGUUUCACAACAAGGUCAAGGUCAAGGGGGUAUCGCCGGACGAGGAGCGUGAGCGCCAAUCGCGAGUGGAAGGAGCGCCGACGCACGGCGAGGCGGAUCCGGAGAAGCGUUCAGUGGUGUACCAGCGAUACUGCCACGUGUACACCAAAGGCGAGCUUCCUCGCCUAUUCGACGCACUUCCGUGGUGUACAGUCGAGGCGUCGUACUACGAUCACGGGAACUGGUGCUGCGAAGUGCGCAAAAUCGUGUAA